UCCCCGUCGCGCUGCGGUCUGAGAGCUGUGAGCUGUGAGCCGGCGCCGGGCCCGGGUGCCUGCGGGGCUGUGAUCGCGGGGCGCGCUUCCUCCGCCUUCCCUAGCUGCAGACUGAGCCCCGCGGGCGCAUCCGGUGGGGGAAGAUGGUCGUGCUUUCAGUGCCCGCCGAAGUCACUGUCAUCCUGUUAGAUAUCGAAGGUACCACAACCCCGAUUGCUUUCGUGAAGGAUAUUUUAUUUCCUUACAUCAAGGAAAAUGUUGAAGAGUAUCUGCAGACACAUUGGGAGGAAGAGGAGUGCCAGCAGGAUGUCAAUCUUCUGAGGAAACAGGCUGAAGAGGACUCUCACCUGGACGGCGCUGUCCCCAUCCCAGUGGCUCGUGGGAAUAGUGCCGAAGACCUGCAGCAGACCAUCCAGGCUGUGGUGGAUAAUGUCCACUGGCAGAUGUCCCUGGACCGGAAGACCACAGCUCUGAAACAGCUGCAGGGCCACAUGUGGAGGGCAGCGUUCACAGCUGGGUGCAUAAAAGCAGAGUUCUUUGAAGAUGUAGUUCCAGCAGUCAGGAAAUGGAGAGAGGCUGGAAUAAAGGUAUAUAUCUAUUCUUCAGGGAGUGUGGAGGCCCAGAAGUUAUUAUUUGGGCAUUCUACAGAAGGAGAUAUUCUUGAGCUUGUUGAUGGUCACUUUGACACCAAGAUUGGACACAAAGUGGAGAGUGAGAGUUACCGAAAGAUUGCCAACAGCAUUGGAUGUUCAACCAACAACAUCUUGUUUUUGACAGAUGUUACUCGUGAGGCCAGUGCUGCUGAGGAAGCAGACAUGCACGUGGCUGUGGUGGUGAGACCAGGCAAUGCAGGGUUAACAGACGAUGAGAAGACAUACUACAGCCUCAUCACAUCCUUCAGCGAACUAUGCCUGCCUUCCUCAGCUUAGAGGUUUCUAAGCAAGGCCAGUGGGUCCUCAGAGUUCUCCCUAUAGUCUACUGUCAUUCUAAUGGUAAAAGUAACUUACUUAAAAAUGACAUACACAUGUAUGCAUACGAGUGUAUAUAUGUGUAUGUUCAGGCAGGGGUUAGAUAGCAUAAUGGUUAUGCAAACAGACUCCCAUGCCUGAGGCUCCAAAGUCCCAGGUUCAAUCCCCUGCACCACCAUAAACCAGAGCUGAGCAGUGUUCUGGUAAAAAAAAACAAACAAACAAAAAAUACCUCUCAGUUCAGUCAAAGAGAAACUUAUUUAAAGAUGCUUUAUAUGUAGAAAUUAUUGGAAACCACAAUGUGCUUAUUAAGAUAAAAAAAGUAGUUGAUAGAAAAAAAUAAUACCUUAUAGUUUAAAUGUUAUGUUUAUCAAAUGUUACACCAAAAUCUAAAGAUCAUUCAGGAGCCUUGUUACCUGAAAAAUUGGGCAUAUUUCAAAAUUUUGUUUCAUAUAAUAAUAAUUUCUUCACUACGAUAAUUUUAAAGUUACAGUAUAGUAACUUCAUUUCAGAGUAUCAGGCUAAUUGUUUCUAAUCUAAAGAUUAGAACUAUCUAAAGAUAGUUGUUUCUGCUGCAAAAGAGAAAAAAUGGGGAAGAAAACACAUUUGAGUCUUGAUCAUUCAAGUAUCUGUUACUUAAGGGACUCAGUGAUCAUUGUGGCAUGUCUAGUUGGCAGUUGUCUUGGUGAUGAAAAGAUGCACUGAUGUAGCAGCACAGCCCUGACCCUGUCACUUGGUGUAUUGAUAGUUGCCUUUUGAACUACUAGGCACAGAGUAAGACUGUAUGUUUAUUACAAUUUGCUUUUUUAGAAACAAGAGUUUACUGAAUUGAAUCCUUAAGACCUAGAACACUUAUGUAAUAUCUCCCUCUGAAGUAGAUGUGAGAAAUGCACAUAUUUAUAACAUUAUUUGUUCUUCAGUUCUAACAAGAUGUCAUGUCAAUUUAUGCUGUGAUUAAUAAAAACAUUUUCCUCCCUCA